ACAGUGAUGGGAUUCCGUGGUCAGAAGAAAGGGUGGUCCGUAAAGUCCUUUAUUUGUCACUGAAGGAGUUCAAGAAUUCCCAGAAGAGGCAACAUGGGGAAGGCAUUGCUGGGAGCCUGAAAACAGUGAAUGGGCUCCUUGGUAAUGACCAGUCUAAGGGAUUAGGACCAGCAUCAGAACAGUCAGAGAAUGAGAAGGACGAUGCAUCCCAGGUGUCCUCUACUAGCAACGAUGUUAGUUCUUCAGAUUUUGAAGAAGGGCCGUCGAGGAAAAGGCCCAGGCUGCAAGCACAAAGGAAGUUUGCUCAAUCUCAGCCGAAUAGUCCCAGCACAACUCCAGUUAAGAUAGCGGAGCCUUUGCUACCCCCUCCAGCUACUCAGAUUUCGGACCUCUCAAAAAGGAAGCCCAAGACAGAAGAUUUUCUUACAUUUCUCUGCCUUCGAGGUUCUCCUGCGCUGCCCAACAGCAUGGUAUAUUUUGGAAGCUCUCAGGAUGAGGAGGACGUCGAGGAGGAAGAUGACGAGACAGAAGACGUCAAAACAGCCACCAACAAUGCUUCAUCUUCAUGCCAGUCAACCCCCAGGAAAGGAAAAACCCACAAGCACGUUCACAAUGGGCAUGGCCAGCAGGAAGAGAUUGCAGCUCAAAGGAGGAUGGAUUUUCCCUUUCAGCUGUCAGUUUUUAAUGGUUCCAGCAGGUCAACACGGGAGAAAGAACCUGUUCAAAAACACAAAAGCAAAGAGGCCACUCCCGGGAAGGAGAAGCACAGCGAUCACCGGGCUGACAGCCGCCGGGAGCAGGCUUCAGCGAACCAGCCCACGGCAGCCCCCGCCGCGGCUUCCUCGGCCAAGGGGCUCGCUGCCAACCACCACCACCCCCCUCUGCAUCGGUCGGCUCAGGACUUACGGAAACAGGUGUCUAAGGUAAAUGGAGUCACGCGAAUGUCAUCUCUGGGUGCAGGUGCGACCAGUGCCAAAAAGAUGCGCGAAGUCAGACCUUCACCAUCCAAAACUGUGAAGUACACUGCCACGGUGACUAAGGGGGCUGUCACAUACACCAAAGCCAAGAGAGAACUGGUCAAGGAAACCAAACCCAAUCACCACAAGCCCAGUUCCGCCGUCAACCACACAAUCUCAGGGAAAACUGAAAGUAGCAAUGCAAAAACCCGCAAACAGGUGCUAUCCCUCGGGGGGGCGUCCAAGUCCACCGGGCCCGCCGUCAAUGGCCUCAAGGUCAGUGGCAGGUUGAACCCAAAGUCAUGCACUAAGGAGGUGGGGGGGCGGCAGCUGCGGGAGGGGCUGCGGAACUCCAAGAGGAGACUGGAAGAGACACACCAGGCGGAAAAGCCGCAGUCGCCCCCCAAGAAAAUGAAAGGAGCGGCCGGCCUUGCCGACGGCCCCGGCAAAAAGGCCCCGGCUGAGAAGGCUCUGCUGAACGGACACGUGAAGAAGGAAGUGCCCGAGCGAAGUUUGGAGAGGAACCGGCCGAAGCGGGCCACGGCCGGGAAGAGCACGCCAGGCAGACAAGCACACGGCAAGGCGGACGGCGCCUCCUGUGAAAAUCGUUCUACCUCGCAACCGGAGCCCUUGCACAAGCCGCACGACUCGGCCAAGGCCGAGAAGGGUGGCGGCAAGGCUGGGUGGGCGGCCAUGGACGAGAUCCCCGUCCUCAGGCCCUCUGCCAAGGAGUUCCACGACCCGCUCAUCUACAUCGAGUCGGUCCGCGCUCAGGUGGAGAAGUUCGGGAUGUGCAGGGUGAUCCCCCCUCCGGACUGGCGACCCGAGUGCAAGCUCAACGAUGAGAUGCGGUUUGUCACGCAGAUUCAGCACAUCCACAAGCUGGGCCGGCGCUGGGGCCCCAACGUGCAGCGGCUGGCCUGCAUCAAGAAGCACCUCAGAUCUCAGGGCAUCACCAUGGACGAGCUUCCGCUCAUAGGAGGCUGUGAGCUCGACCUGGCCUGCUUUUUCCGGCUGAUUAACGAGAUGGGCGGCAUGCAGCAAGUGACUGACCUCAAAAAAUGGAACAAACUAGCAGACAUGCUGCGCAUCCCCAAAACGGCCCAGGACCGGCUGGCCAAGCUGCAGGAGGCCUACUGCCAGUACCUGCUCUCCUACGACUCCCUGUCCCCCGAGGAGCACCGGCGGCUGGAGAAGGAGGUGCUGAUGGAGAAGGAGAUCCUGGAGAAGCGCAAGGGGCCGCUGGAGGGCCACACGGAGAACGACCACCACAAGUUCCACCCCCUGCCCCGCUUCGAGCCCAAGAACGGGCUCAUCCACGGCGUGACCCCCAGGAACGGCUUCCGCAGCAAGCUCAAGGAGGUGGGCCAGGCCCAGCUCAAGACAGGCCGGCGGCGACUCUUCGCUCAGGAAAAGGAAGUGGUCAAGGAGGAGGAGGAGGACAAAGGCGUCCUCAACGACUUCCACAAGUGCAUCUACAAGGGAAGGUCUGUUUCCCUAACGACUUUUUAUCGAACAGCGAGAAAUAUCAUGAACAUGUGUUUCAGCAAGGAGCCUGCACCAGCUGAAAUCGAGCAAGAGUACUGGAGGUUAGUGGAAGAGAAGGACUGCCACGUGGCAGUGCACUGCGGCAAGGUGGACACCAACACUCAUGGCAGCGGAUUCCCAGUGGGAAAAUCAGAACCCUUUUCACGGCACGGAUGGAACCUCACCGUCCUCCCCAAUAACACAGGGUCCAUCCUGCGUCACCUCGGUGCUGUGCCUGGAGUGACUAUUCCCUGGCUAAACAUUGGCAUGGUCUUUUCUACCUCAUGCUGGUCUCGAGACCAAAAUCACCUUCCAUACAUUGACUACUUACACACUGGUGCUGACUGCAUUUGGUAUUGCAUUCCUGCUGAGGAGGAGAACAAGCUGGAGGAUGUGGUCCACACCCUGCUGCAGGCCAACGGGACCCCAGGGCUGCAGAUGCUGGAGAGCAACGUCAUGAUCUCCCCGGAGGUGCUGUGCAAAGAGGGGAUCAAGGUGCACAGGACCGUGCAGCAGAGCGGCCAGUUCGUCGUCUGCUUCCCGGGAUCCUUUGUGUCCAAAGUGUGCUGUGGCUACAGUGUCUCGGAAACCGUGCACUUUGCUACCACCCAGUGGACGAGCAUGGGCUUUGAGACCGCCAAGGAAAUGAAGCGCCGCCACAUAGCCAAGCCCUUUUCCAUGGAGAAGCUGCUCUACCAGAUCGCACAGGCAGAAGCAAAGAAAGAGAACGGCCCCACUCUCAGCACCAUCUCAUCCCUUCUGGAUGAGCUCAGGGAUACGGAGCUGCGGCAGCGCAGGCAGCUGUUCGAGGCCGGCCUCCACUCCUCCGCGCGCUACGGCAGCCACGACGGCAACAGCACGGUGGCGGAUGGGAAGAAAAAGCCUCGAAAGUGGCUGCAGUUGGAGACGUCGGAGCGGAGGUGUCAGAUCUGCCAGCACUUGUGCUACCUGUCCAUGGUGGUGCAGGAGAAUGAAAACGUCGUGUUCUGCCUGGAGUGUGCUCUGCGCCAUGUGGAGAAACAGAAGUCCUGUCGAGGGCUGAAGUUGAUGUACCGCUAUGAUGAGGAACAAAUUAUUAGUCUGGUCAAUCAGAUCUGUGGCAAAGUAUCUGGUAAAAACGGCAGCAUUGAGAACUGUCUCAGUAAACCCACACCAAAAAGAGGCCCCCGCAAGAGAGCGACGGUGGACGUGCCGCCUUCCCGGCUGUCAGCCUCCGGUUCAUCCAAAAGUGCUUCGAGCUCAUCAUGAAGAUGCCAACACCCGUGGUCGAUUUAUAUAUAUUUUUUUGUAAUUAUUAUAUUCUAGUUUGGAGUACUUGCUGUAGGAUACAAGCUGUCUUUGCACUAGCUCUAAAGAAGAUUUUCUUCUGGUUUUAGAGAACUAAUUUUGUUUUAGCAUUAAAUUGUUGAACUUUUUUUUGUACUUAGAAUACCUAGAUUACUGCAGUCAGAUUUUGGAAACUGCCGUUAUAUUCACUGUUUUAAAAACCCUUGAGGGGGCUGUAUUAAUUUGUAUUGCCCCUAUGGCUGACAAAAGCCUUUUUUUUUGUUUUUGAUUUUUUUUUUUUUUUUGUAACUGUUGGGGAAAAAAGGCUUUUUAACCCAUUUUUGAAGAGGGUGAAGUUUGGAGAACAAAUUUUAAAAACCAUCAGUCAUGUGAGCAGAUUUUUCUAGAUCGGAAAAGGGAUAGGAGACACACACACACACACACACACACACAGGAAAAAACUUGAAAAGAAAUGGCUUUGCUUUGGCUGUCCUUUUUCUUCUGUCAUGUGCAAGAUGAGUUUUAUAAUUUUUAAAACCGGAGAGCCCCCAUUCUGUUUCUUUGGGCAGUUAUGGCAGCUGAAGGCGGACGUUGUUUCCUGACCAUGGGCAGAACGAGGAGGUUGAGCGAGUAGGUUCUCUUACCAGCACAUCACUAUGCAUCUGUUUGAGGAAGGAGGAAAAGCGCGAGAGGAAGACAACGACCGCCUGCCUUGGAGGGGUCACGUGAGGGAGACCUGUGCCUGAUUUCAUUAGGAAAUCCAUUCUGUUAUUUUUUGGUGCUGUUGGCUACUUUAUCAAAAAACCCUUCAAUAGCAUCCUUAAGAAAAAAAAAAAGUGAAGCCAUUAAGUGCUUCUUUGUCAUCAAUGUGCAGUCUUUCUAACAUUCCAUCUUCAUCUCACUGCUUCUUGUUUUACACCUUCACAAGUCAGCAUUAAUCUUUUCUUUUUAAAUUUGUUUCGUUUAUGAUCACAUUUAGAGCCACUAGGAGGUCUGCAGUUCUUUUUGAAUGUGAAAAUGCAUUUGCGCUCAUCUUGUCUAUUUUUUCUCUCCAUGUUGUAACAAAAAAGAAAAAGAAAAAAAAAAAAGAAUCCCAUCCCUUUUGUACAUAUGCCUGUAAAUUGUUUUAAAUACUUGAGCCUUUUUCUUGGUGGGGGGUGGGGAGGGGGUGAGAAGACAAGAUGAAGAAAAGCCUUACAUUUCAGUUUCUUCAUCGGUUGGAUUGGAUGCUUACAGGGUUUUUCUUGUAACAUUUAUAAGUGCUGCUUACAUCACUGAACAACAACAAAAAAAUAAUAAUGGAGUAGCUGUUGCCCUUCUCCGGUUGUGUGUACAGUAUGUGUGGAAUAAAAAAGGGAAACUGUUUUCACAAGCUGUUCUUUGUUUCAUAAUUGGAUUCAUCAAUCCCGUAGCUACCCAUAUUGCACUGAGCUUGCCAGUGGUGACUGCCAGGAACGUCCUAUGAUCCACUUUGUUGGUUGUUGUUGCAGAAGACUGAACUGUUUUGGAAUAUUUAACAAUGACAUAAACAGAGUCAAGUGUUUUCCAAUGUGGUUGUCCGGUUUUUAUGGCCUUGCUGUGUACUUUUCCCUCUCUUUGACAGUGAACUUCUGCCUCUGGCUUACAGUUUGACAUUUAAUUUAUUAGCGCUGCUCUGCACCCCUCCCUCGGGAGGGAAGACUUCAUGUGGUUUAUUGCGAGUUUUUUGUUUACUUUUCAGGUUUGUAAUACAAGGUUUAAUAAUAAAAACAAAGUUUUUUGGACA